AUAUUAGUUAAAAGAAAGAGAGAGAGAGAGAGAGAGAGAGGAGAGAAAAAAAUCUAUGGCUGAAGUUUUUGGGAAGACAAAUCUGUUUCCGACUGGUAACUAUAACCAGAAGAAGAAUCUAGAAGGUGGAGCUUGUUUGGUCCCUAAGAAAAUUUCUGAGUUUUGUUCGAAACACAACAGUUUUCCUUCUUUGAAGGGGAAAUCUCUGGCUUCGAAGAGUGAUUUUAAUGGUCAAAGAGUCGUUUUUUUGGAGAAGAAAAGUAUGAGCAAGAGAAGUUUUUCUCAAGUUCCCAUCAAAGCACAGAUGCAAACUGGGCUUAUCAAUCGAGCUAAAAAAUGGUGGGAGAAAGGGCUUCAACCAAAUAUGAAUGAAGUUUCUUCUGCACAAGGCUUGGUCGACUCUCUUUUGAAUGCUGGUGAUAAGCUUGUCGUGGUAGAUUUCUUCUCCCCUGGUUGUGGUGGUUGCAAGGCUCUUCAUCCUAAGAUUUGCCAAUUUGAAGAGAUGAAUCCAGAUGUGCAGUUUCUUCAGGUGAAUUACGAGGAGCAUAAAUCGAUGUGCUAUAGUCUUAAUGUUCAUGUGUUUCCUUUCUUCCGGUUCCACCAAGGCGCUCAGGGGCGUGUAUGCAGCUUUAGCUGUACUAACGCCACGAUCAAAAAGUUCAAAGAUGCAUUAGCCAAACACACACCGGACCGAUGCAGCCUCGGGCCAACAAAAGGGCUGGAGGAGAAGGAGCUUUUGGCGUUGUCAGGGAACAAAGCCCUCGCCUUUCACUACACGCCAAAGCCAGUUCAACCAACUCCUGUUCCCACUCAUGAACUGACUAGUAUGCCAAAUCAAGUUCCAUCUCAUUCAAAGACAAAGCUCCCGCUUUCAGUCCCGAUGACAUCCUUAAAGCAAAGGGACAGCGAGGAGAAAACCUUGGUUGGUGUUGGGAGAUGAUGUAGUAUGGUUUUUGUGCCAUCCCCACCAUCCGUAUUACAUUACCAUUCCCAGGUUCAUCUUUCGUGUGCUAACUUGUUCAUAUUAGAAGAGAAGAACAUAGUAUAUCGUCUCCCAUGGAGUUGCGGAGCAAUUCAGAUUUAUAAUUUUGGAUCCUAGCCCUGCUUGAUUCAAGCGUGGGUGUGAACUUUCGAAGGCGAAAAUCAGUGUAUUUUUUAAGGUUUUAUUUUUAUGUUCAAGGGAAAACCCCCUUUUGUGAAUGUAGAAAUCUUGUGGUUAUUGUACAGAUGCUGAGACUUGAGAGCCUUCUACUUUUUUUCUU